AUGGCUUCAUCUUCCGUAUCCGACAAUGCGGCCUCAAUGCUCAACCCCCGGAUCAUGGGCUCACCUAGUCACCAUCAAGCCAGCAUAAGCCCCGAGGACGAGUACUCGCAUCUUCCGUGCAAGAAACCAAUCAGGUUCCACGUCAACGUCGUCCAGAUUUGGCGUUCUGCCAUCUGCGUCUUUGCCUUUGUUGACAUUUUCCUUGUCGCCUGCACCAAUAAAACACCAAUCACCGUGCCACUCGUCUUGUUCAUCAUUGCCACCUUGAUCUUUAAUGCCCACCAUGUGGUCGGUAGUUUGAUGCCCGGAUACGGACAGCUCGAGGGACCGUUCUUCUCCUUCCGGUUGUUUUGUAUGAAGGUCACCUGUGGCCAAGAUGACAAUAGCGACGACGAGUCCCGGUCGCUUCUGAGAGGCUUUGAAUGGCUCAACGACGACCCCAAGAAACGAAGUGAGAUCUGGAAGGCGAUUGUCGAUAUCACGUUGGCGGUGGUGAUAUGCAUUCUGGUUUUUGUACACAAAAACCAACACCGAGGUUAUACGUGGUGGUACUACCGGGGUGAUCUCGCGGCUUGCGUGGCCAGUUAUGUCUUUGGCUGGUUGGUUGUUUCAUUCGAGUUGGCCGUUGUCUUCAUGGAAGUUUUUAGCAUCUUUAGGGGAGCUACAGUAUUCCUUUGCCCCGACGAGGAUGUCGAGGGGCAUGCUGGGAACCAAAUUCGCCUCCCUCCGUCUCCUCCUGUCAUGGCCAACCGGGGUGGAGAGCACAUCUCUAUUGUUGCUUGA